UACAAAACCUUGUCAAAAUAAGGGGGAAACAUGGCUGGAAUAGAAAAACAUCGCGAUAGAGAAUGACUCAGCGCGUUUUCUACCUGCGAUGAAAUUUUUCUUUCACGUCUACCACGUAGAACUCCCACUUUACGCCUUAAAAAAAGAAAAUUUUAAAUAAAAUGAAAAAAGGUGACAAGAAAGAUAGGAAUGCUAAUGCCAACAAAUUUGAUCUGGAACCUUUGUCUCCAUCCCCUUGUCUGGGUAUUUCUGAUGAUGAGUUAGUAUCCAUAUCUGUUCGAGACUUGAAUAGACAACUCAAACUUAGAGGUUUGACAAGAGAAGAGAUAGUUAGGAUGAAGCAACGCCGUAGAACCUUAAAGAACAGAGGUUACGCAGCUAGCUGUCGCAUCAAGAGGAUAGAGCAAAAGGACGAACUGGAGCAGGAGAAAGUUGGUGAGCUUUCAGAAACAGAGAAGCUGGCAGAAGAUAAUGGCAAGAUCCGUGAAGAGAUUGAAGCCCUUCAUCGCAAAUAUGAAGCCCUACAGAAAUUUGCUCUUCAAAAGAAAAUUCCUUUGCCUUCAGAAAUGGAUCCACUGCACUAAUGUUUAUCUAUUUCAACUACCUGCAUCUUACAUUUCUAAAUCUAAUUUCAUGAAUGUUUCAAAAACGAAAGGGCUUAAAAAAGGGGCUUGAAUGGUUCUGUUUGAGAGAAAGAAAUACAUGUACUUACCACGUA